AUGGUAGCUGCAUAUCCGAAUGGCCCUGUACUCGGUUCUUCGCUGCAUGAUCAUGUCGAUACGGAUCCCCGCUCCCAUUCGCACUCUCAUUCCCACGCCCAUUCCCACGCCCAUUCACACUCUCAUUCGCAUUCCCACUCUCACUCUCAUUCGCACUCCGUUGCAGGGCAUACACGAAAUGCUUCCCACUAUAGCAUAUUCCAUGACCAUACACACGACAAAGCGGAGGCCAAUGGAGUGACAAGCGACUCGAUCAAGGCAGAUUUGUCAUUACAGUCCGAGUCGACCCCAAACGAGGUGAUAGCAGGACUGUCUCUCGCUUUGCCGUGGAUAGUACUCUCUUGGUAUUGGAAGCCAUCGGCUUUAGGAGCGAUAUCGUCUGGGGCUGCAGCUGCUGAAACCGAGUUACCAAGCCAGGUUUCUGGCAUAUCUGGACUGGGUGUCUGCAUGAUCACAGCGACCACUCUGCUCAUAACCGGAUUCUGGCAGGCUUUCCGGUCGAGACAAGCCAGUAGUAGCCCGAAAAGCUUCAGGUUUCCAGCUGUGAAUGUGAAUACUGCCAAGGCUAGCUUCCUUCGGAUGUGUGGGAUUGGUCUGCCAAUCUACGCUGCGUCCCAGGUUGGCGGGUUUCUUGUUGCCUUUGUUCUGUGCUUGGUAAUGGCAUCAGGUGUUUCCACAUUCAUGUCCGGUGCUCGGCAGCAACUUGGCCAGAAAAAGAUGACCCUAGGGCUUCUUGGGGCCAUCGUGAUUUUGAAUCUCAUGAGCCUUAAUGUGGGGUGGAGUGAGUACCCGUUCCUGGGGUACGCCGCGUUGAUGGCCUCGGUGUGUGUCAUUCGACCGUAUUCCACCCUCCAAUCGAUCUCUUCAGGAGCUCUAUCGGCUGGCCUAACCUACAGCUCAAAUGGAUCUCCAUCGUCUCUCGCUAAUGCCGACGAAGCUAUGUUGUCUAUUCUUGCUGGCGGAAUAUUGGCCAUUUGGACAGUCCUUAUUGCGAUUAUUAGAGGAACCUGGUCGUUCGGCCUGUUGGACACGAUUACCCUCAUCUUGACGGCCAGUUCUUUUGCGUUUUCUUUGACAUAUACUUCUCCCAAAACCUUGAGAUCCCCGCAAAAAUGGGGUCUUUCUGUCUGCACAAUGGCGGCAGCCAUUUUGUGUAGCCCACCGGCGAGAGAUGGACUUGCCAGCAUAUAUAUGGCACGAGCCGUUUGUGCCAUCUUGUCAGUUCUUGCAUCCCGGUUCGAUGACAAGCAGCUCCGACCUGGGACACACUCGCAUAACCAUGACCACCACUCGCAUGGUCCAGUGGAAAUGUCGCGGGUGUCAAAAAUGAUUCUCCAGUACAGCGAACCUUAUCCACUCUUGUACAGCAUUUUGAAAGAGAAGGAUUCCCGAAGCAUUUUCUAUUUCAUGACACUGAACUUCUCGUUUAUGCUUGUCCAGCUGUGUUACGGUUUCUUGACUGGCUCUCUCGGCCUCCUCAGCGAUAGUAUCCACAUGUUUUUCGACUGCUUGGCGCUAGUUGUAGGAUUAUGCGCUGCGGUCAUGAGUAAAUGGCCUCCCAGCGCUCGCUUCCCGUAUGGAUAUGGGAAGGUUGACACGCUUUCCGGGUUCGCCAACGGAAUCUUCCUCAUGAUCAUUAGCGUUGAGAUCAUCUACGAGGCGGUGGAAAGACUAUCAUCUGGAAGCCAGAUGCAACGGAUCGGCGAAUUGUUCAUGGUGAGCGUAGCAGGGCUGUGUGUCAACCUGGUGGGGAUUAUGGCUUUCGAACAUGGGCACGCCCAUCAUGGCCAUGACCACGGGCAUGACCACUCGCAUGGGAACGAGAACAUGCACGGUAUCUUCUUGCAUAUUCUGGCGGAUACACUGGGUUCCGUGGCGGUUGUCAUCUCCACUGCUCUGGUCCAUUUCUACAACUGGCCUGGAUUUGACCCCAUUGCGUCCUGUCUGAUCGCGAUCUUGAUCUUUGCCUCCGCCAUCCCUCUGGUCAGCAGUACCGCCCAGAAACUCUUACUCACGUUGCCCGCUGAUGUCGAGUAUAAUCUACGCGACACGUUGGCUGGCGUCAGCACAUUGAGGGGAGUGGUAGGUUACACGGUGCCGAAGUUUUGGCUCGAUGAUACCGGUUCUUCCUCAAGACAUGGUCAUGAUCACGGACACGACCACGGGCACUCUCAUAAGCACGACGACUGUAGCCACAGCCACAGCCACAACCAUGACCAUGACCAUGACCAUGACCAUGACCAUGACCAUGACCAUGACCAUGACCAUGACCAUGACCAUGAUCACGACCACGACCACGACCACGACCAUGAUCAUCAGAAGCAAGCACACAUCCUAGGUGUCAUCCACGUCAUCGCAUCGCGCAGUGCAGACCUUGAAGAUGUCCGACAACGGACGGUCAAUUUCCUCCGAGAGAAGAACAUGGACAUUCUGGUUCAGGUCGAGAGAGAAGGGGAUCCACGUUGCUGGUGUGGGAGUGGGAACAAGAGCUCCUAG